UGCACAAAUUAUUUUUAAUAUUGGAGACAUGAAUAUAUUCCCUCUACACUCGAAUUCAUUAUUAAUAUUUUUUAUCUUAUUCAUUAUCAAUGAUUAUGUAAGAGUGAACGGAAAAGUUGAAUCGGCGCCAACAAACAAUGGACAGCAGUAUCCACUUGUUAUGAUCCCUGGUACUGCGGGUAGUCAAGCUUUUGCAGUCUUCAAAAAUGAUCCUAAUCGUCAACCUCUACCGCUAUGGUUAAAUAUGAAAUUUUUUGUUUUCAUUAAACGCUUUUCUGAUUAUUUUAAGUUGGUUUAUAUAUAUAUACACUUUUUUGGAGCAUAGUAUCUAAUAUCUUUCAUAGGUUGAAUUAUAAUCCAACAACUGGUCGAACUGAAGAUACUGAAGGAGUUGAAAUAAUCUUUCCUGGAUGGGGUGAAACAUGGUCAAUUGAAAAUUUAGAUGAAACACCAAAUGUUUUCUCAGAAUACUUCGGUUCUUUAGUCUAUGUCCUAAAGAAGGAUCCAUAUUAUGUGUCAAACUUCACAAUGCGAGGUGCACCAUAUGACUUUAGAAAGGCGCCAAGUAUUUGUCCAUUUUUUAUUAAAAAAGUAUACACUCGUAUUUUCUUCCUACUCCUUAGACGAAAAUGCUCAGUUUUUUGAAAAUCUAAGAUUACUAAUUGAAGAAACCUAUGAAAAUGCGAAACAGCGACGUGUUGUUCUACAUCCACAUAGUAUGGGAUGCUUAUAUGCCUUAGCGUUUUUAAAGCAGCGUACAAUCUCUUGGAAAAGAAAAUAUAUUAAAUCAGUCAUUUUUUCCAGCUGUCCGUUCGGUGGAUCUGUUAAAUCCUUAAAAGUUGAAGCUAGUGGUGAUAACUUCGGGGUGUUUUUACGUAGUCCACUGAGUUUCCGUUACGUCCAGCGUUCUAUGCCUUCGCUUACAUUCAUGUUCCCAGAUGCCCGUUUAUGGCCAGCCUCAGAACCACUUAUUAUCACACCGACAAAAAAUUACAGUACAGCUGACUAUGAAAGCUUUUUCAAUGACAUAAAUUACACAGUUGGAUAUAGUAUGUGGAAAGACACUCAUUCUCUUGUCGAUGGACUUGAAAUGCCAAGUGGUAUUGAUGAAAUUCACUGCAUCCAUGGUUCAAAUUUGAGUACUACAGAUAAACUUGUUUAUUCUCCACCUAAUCUAUUUCAUAACGGUUUCCCAGACCAGGUGCCACUAUUAGUUCCUGGUAAUGGAGAUGGCACUGUCAGUAUUCGCAGUUUGGAAUAUUGUAAGUACUGGCCAGGCACCAAAUAUUACGUCUUACCGGGAGCUGAACACGUGCAUAUCAUGAGCGACAUACGACACAUCAAUAUUGUCCUUAAGAUCCUCGGAGCAAAUAUAACACAUGGAUAGAAGCUACCUUCGCAUAUCACAGUGUAUAAGACUGCAAAGUUCCCAUUAUGACAAUUUAUCUUGCUGUAUGAAAGUGAGGCCAAUAAAUUUCAGAAGUAUAGCAGAAUGCUUGUAGUUCAAAGAUUGCAUAAAUUUAUUUUCCGUACACGUAUACUGACACGAUACACAAUACAAUUUUGACUUAUUCCAUUUCGAUGUGCCGCAUUAUUUCUAAACACCACAACUAUAUUUGGUAAACACCCAGUAUUAGAAAGUCUUCUUAU